CUUCUGCUGCAGAUCCAUCCUUAACCCACUGGAAAAACUUUCAGAGAGGUCUCAAGACAAUGGAGACGACCACCACCCCUUUCUAUCAAAACAAUACAACGAAUGCAUCAGAACCAAAUGGGUCUGAUGAGUAUGCAGGGCUAAGAAAGUCUCUUAACAUCAUGUCUCUCAUUGUUUACUGCCUGGCCUUCGUUCUUGGUGUGCUCGGUAAUGGAGUGGUUAUCUGGGUGACCGGGUUCAAGAUGAAGAAAACAGUUAACACAGUUUGGUUCCUCAACCUUGCUGUGGCUGACUUCCUCUUCACAGCAUUCCUGCCUCUGGGUGUGACAUACAUAGCCCUGGGUUUCCACUGGCCUUUUGGUAACUUCAUGUGCAAAUUUUAUGGUUCUUUAACCUCCCUGAACCUUUUUGCCAGUGUCUACAUCCUGGUGGUGAUCAGUGUGGACAGAUGUGUGUCUGUGGUGUGGCCCGUCUGGGCCCAGAACCACCGAAAUAUACGCAAGGCAUCCUACGUGUGUCUGGGUGUUUGGGUCCUGUCUCUGAUUCUCAGCAUUCCAAACUUCAUCUUCAGGGAUACUGAACAAAUAAAUGAAAUCAACCUCUGCUUCAACAACUUCGCUCUGUCAGAUGAUUAUGAAACAGAAUCUGUGCAACAGUUACGAAGCUUUCAUCAUCAGGCUGUUAUCAUCACCCGCUUCAUCCUGGGAUUUGUUGUCCCCUUCACUGUCAUUGUCUCCUGCUAUGCUGUGAUAAUCCAUCGUCUGAGGAGGAACAGCACCCUGCCCAACCAGUCAAAUCGACCCUUUAAGAUCAUCGCUGCCGUCAUCAUCACUUUUUUCCUGUGCUGGGCUCCUUUUCACAUCGUGACUCUAAUUGACAUGGUCAAUCACACAACUGAACAUUCAAAUGAAACAUUAUUCCAUGUCGUUGCUAUCGGUGCCCCUAUAGCCACCAGUCUGGCCUUUUUGAACAGUUGCCUGAACCCCCUGCUGUAUGUGUUCAUGGGUCAAGAUUUCAAGGAUAAAGUCCGCAAAUCCAUCCUGAGGGUUCUGGAGACGGCCUUCCAAGAGGAGGAGACACGCUCUCACACUGACACAAAGUCAAUGGACAUCAGUCACAGCAAUGACAAGUCAGCUUUAAAUACUGAGGUAUAAGGCUGUCCAUGACAGCAGGAGACAACUACUGAAACAGUACAAAGAAAGUCAUUUUGAGUUUGAAUCCAUGGCUAAUCAAUCAAGUCUAUCAAAGAGCGGUUUGGUUGCGGUGCCUUUUGUGGGCUAAACCAUUCUCUUUGACCCACCGUAGUAUCUUCAGUCUGUACCAUAACAGAGCUAAAAGGAUCUAUAGAAGACCAUUUCCAGGGAAAAAUGACCUAGCAGUAAUUUAAAAAUACAUGUUACAUAACUUAAUAGUUGAACUUGUGUAACAUGAACAGCACAAAAGAAAAAACGUUAAUUUCCCAACUUCCCCCCCAAACCCAACUUAUUUCCACUGAUGCCAUCAUGUGUGAAGAGGAACUGAUGCUGAUGAACUUCAGCUGUUACGUGUCUGCUCUGCUGCAUGCUUUGAUAGACGUUAUUCAGCAUAAGGACAGGCUAAUGUGAUAAAUAGAUAUGUGGCUGGCUAUGAGAUUAUUAUAGUUAAAGUAGUAGCUGCAUUGUAAAGCUUAGUUUGAUGUUUUGAUCAAUGUUAGUUAUUUUUUGAGGGGAUAUGUAUAUGAUCCCAUUGUGAUUCAACAUCACAAUGCUAAAUCACAAUAUACUAUAUAUACGUGGACAUAAAAGCUUUGUUCUAAUGAAAGGAAGGUUAAAAAAAUUUAAGAAAGAAAACCAUAUAACGUUACAAAACUCUGCCUGCAGUCUCACUCUCUAUGCAACUAUCUAAAUAUAAAUACUGUAACUAAAUACAGAGAGAAGAAUGUUUGUAUCUGUCAGAUACACUACCCAUCUGAUGUAACACCAUUCAAAUGAAACAUGACUCAGCAGUCAUUUCAAAAUUUCAUAUUGCAUUAUUUUAUAGUUGUUGUGUAACACGAGCACCAAACAAUGAAUUUUGUUUGAAAAUUGAACUUUUUUUUUCCAUCUUUCACACAGACUUUGAUGAACAUUGUUUUAGAAUAUAUUGACAAUACACUCUUACCCAUAAAGUUGGAAUAAUUUUGUUUUUAGACACAUUCCUCUUUUUAUUGCUAUUUAUACACAUCAGUGAUCACAUUAGAAGAGACUGAUCAAUAAAGUUUUGAGACGAUAUAUCAACGAUAUCUAUCAAGAAUAAAUCACAUUGUCACAAUCAUUUCAUGAUAAGACGUAAAAUAUAUUUUAUUCCAACUUUGUGGGCGACAGUGUAUAAAUGCUGGCAAAUCACCUUUUGCUGUACGUCAUAGUAGGCUGUAAACUAAUGGAAUAUAUUUUACCGAAUACAGAACCUACAAAGCAUUAUUUCUGUACUGCUAAAAAAUCUACAACCAUCCAUCUACAACUACGCAUCUCAACCCAACCGCAGUCACAUGACAGCCCUCACAGAAAGCAUUUGUUGGCCUGUAUGGUCAGUGUCACCACACUCUGAUGGUUGUGGCAUAAACGUUACAUUGGGUGGUGGUCUAAUAAAUUUGUUAAGCACUGUAUGUCAUUUGUUUUACUGUAAUCAUAAAUGAUGGUGACUGUUAUUUCAGUUGUACACAGCUCAUCAUUACCACAUAAUGUCACGAAAGAUUAUGCCUGGAAUCUCUUUCUCUAGUAACAUACAGUAGGCAUUUUGUGCCAUGGUCAGAUAUUAUCAGUAAAAUUUUACAUCCUUUCCUGUUCUUCUAAUAUUCUCAGUUGCGUGAAUUUUGUGAUAAAUGUCAUCAUUUUAUCAGUGAAAUGGUUUGGACAUAUGAAAUCAUUUUGAGCCUUCUCUAUAAUUUUCAAAGUAAUUUUGUGUAUGUGUAAGUAUUGCCAGCACGCCUGUGCUUGUUGCACUAUUAAGCUGUUUGGAACCUAAAACUAAAAGCUGCACGUCAUAUGCGUUUCUACAUUUCUGAUGAAAUCGACACAGUAUGCUGACAGGAAGGGACAUGCAGAUAGCUGAUGUUUUUGUAAUUCAUCUACUACUGAUAUGAUGAUAGCAUAAUGACACACUUGUUGAAUGACUGUGGUCAUGAAUAAUUUAAUAUGUAACAUGAACCUGUGUAUAAAAGCUAAUUCUAAUGUGUAGUUCACUCAAGUGCAUCUCAGUCUAAGGACAGUAAACAUCUGAAGGAAAGACAAAGGAAAAUCUGAUUAAGACCUCUAAACAGGAUCUUAACAGAAGGGAAUGCACAGAUAAUCUAGAUCAGUGAAAUUACCCCAGAAUUCUACUAUUGUUUUGGAAAAGGAUAUAUUUUUAUGUCAGACCUGUAGGGUUGCAUCUAUAGAGGCAGCAUAGUCAAUGUGUCCAUCUUUCAAGUGCAAAGUGGCAAAGGAGGAGCAGUCUGCUAUUUUAUAAAGCCCUCAGUAAAUGAUACAUGGUGUCCUGACUUUCUUGUAACGUGGCACUGAGUGAAGGCGGGGGGCAUUCAAAUGUGUAUAUUUGUGCAUAUUUAAGUCAACAGCAUGCAGUAAUGUGCUGCAGAACUGGAUGCUUCUCAGACCAGGGAUCAUAAACUUUUUGAAGGAAAUAAAGUUUGUUUUCAGUAGUUUUUUUGUGCCAUUGUCAGGUAUUAUCAAUAAAUUUCACAUCCUUUCCUGUU